GUCAUUCUAUAGCCAAAUGCAGCCAAUCGGUCAUGUAAUGCCCCAGACCCAUGGAAAAUCUCUGCAUGCAUUGUACUAUCAACAGCAUGGAUAUACGUGUGCUCCAUUACCUGGAAUGGUAUGCACGCGUCAGACUCCAUCAUGUCUAUGAUAUUUCGAGGCCACCAUUAACCUUUUUGACAUGUAUACCAUAAGCGUGACAGUAAUCCUAUUCCAUGCUAUUACUAGAUGCUCAGGUAACACACCAUCAUAGAUAAGUAUAGUAGUAGGUAUGUAGUAUUACUAGUACCAAGGUAUAAUGAGGAGCACAAGCAAUUGAACGUACGCCCUCCCAGGCUCAGCUCCUUCGACAGCGACAACUCUCACCCCCGAGACAGGCCAAGUAUACAAUGUGUCUCCCAUUCACCCCCUCUUCCCGCCCACUCGUAGCCCAAAAAAAGAAAAGGAAUGAAAAAAAGAACAAGAAACAGGAAGAGGAAGAGCAAGAAGAAAAAGAAAAGCUGGAUAUACAGGUGUGUCGUAUAAUUGGCUACCGGGCGAGACGGUUUUUGGCGUUGCAGCAUCAAAACACAGCUCCUCCCUCCCCCGAAUACACGUUUUCCAACACAGACUCCAGGUCGAAACGAGCCCCCCAAGACCGAUCAAACCGCCCUUUCCAAAGAGAGAAGAAAACCCAUCUCCUAUGCAGAGCCCAUCAUCGAGACGCAACUAAAAUGGCCCAUCAACCCGCAUCUUUUACAUCCAAAAACAAAACAGUCAAAGAGCAGACAUUGCUCUUUUGUUUUCCCCCUGGGUCACGCAUCCAUCGCCGCACUUCAUCAAGUCGUCAACGUUUUCGUGUAUGCCUGGAUAUUGAAUGUUGAUCCCUUAGAAUUCAGUAAACAGAUUGCCGUACCUGCAAAAACACCCAACUUGUUAGCCACACAAACGUUCC